CAAAUUUAAAGAGAUCAAAACUAAAGAAGUUUUUAUUAAAUUUAAUAUUGCCUAGAAAUGUCAUGACACUUCAAUGAUGUCGGUGAUAAAUGAAUCACUGAAACAGCUUUUUGAAGAGGUAAAGCAAGUAUACACUCAAAAGCAGUCCAUUCCUGACAGUUUACUCUCUGCAUUGAACUUUGUUUUCAAAUCUCCUUUACUGCCAGCCCUGGACUUGGUGGAACGGCGAUGCGUCACCAUGGUAACGAGUCCAAGUGGAAGAUGUGUUUAUCAGGUUGUGGGCAGCUCAGGCACUCCAUAUACCUGCCUUCUGUCAUGUGACUACUGUGGCUGCCCUGCUUACAAGUUCUCGGUCAUAAAGAGGGGAGAUCAUAUUAUGUGCAAGCAUAUCUUAGCAGUACAUCUAUCUGAUGCUAUGGGACUUACAAAGGAACUUAUCUCAACAGAUUUGGAUCUUGCUGACCUUAUCAUGGGGAUUGACUGAACUCUGGAUCACCCACCCCCCAUCCUACUUUCCAUGGAUGUCAAAGGAGAUGCACUGGGGUAAUAGGGUAGACAUUUUUGGACUGCAAAAUCCACAUAUUUUGAAACAUUCCAUACAAAUGCUUUUCAGACUAGUAAAAAUGUUGCAGUCAAAGUGUGGCUUGAUAAAAUAUAUCUCUGUAGAAUUUGUCCAUUGCUGGUGAGAGGUAUAUAAGAAUGGCUUGCCGCAAAAGGCUAAAUACUAUAACAAAAUAUAUUAAAAAUAAAUAGCCAUGUAGAAUCUUUGAACUCAAAUUUUAUUUGAUCUAUAGAUUUCAUGCUACAUUUUAUUGAUGAUUAAAUUCUCGAAACAUCUUAAUUCUCUUCUCAUCUCUGGAUAAUCCAUCUAUUUCCUACAAUUGAAGUAAAUAAUAAAGUAACGUUUUAAUAGUGAUGUUUAAUUAUAUUGUCAUUCAGUAUUUUAUUUGUAAAAUUGGAGAAGUGCAAAUCUGUG